CCCUCUCAAUGGGAAGCAACAGAAAGUGAAGGAGGGGCAAACAAAUGCAAGCAGAUAAAAAGCUGACGCAGAGUGAGUCCCAACAGUCCCAGCAGACAUGGGAUCAAGUCGGAGGAUGCCUUGGAUCCAGAUGUUGCUGUGGGGGGGCUUGUUGGCAUUUGCCUUCAUGAUAAGCCCAGCUACUGCUGGAAUUAAACUUAUGUCUGCACCCAACCUGAUGCGAGUUGGAAUAGAGGAAAACAUCUUUGUGGAGAUUCAACACUGCGAGCAUCAACAUGACAUCAAUGUUGAAAUCAUGGUGAAAAAUCAUCCAACAAAAAGGAAAACCUUGAAAUCAACAACUGUGACCCUCAGAAAGGCAGACAAUUACCAGGGCGUUGGAAGACUGACGGUUCCUACAGAAGAAUUCUCGAAUGACGUCAAUGCAAAGCAAUAUGUUUACAUUCAAGCACAGUUCCCUGACGCACUGCUAGAGAAGGUUGUGAUGAUCUCCUUCCAGUCUGGUUACAUUUUUAUACAGACUGACAAGACCAUAUAUACUCCUGCUACUAGUGUCCGUUACAGGGUUUUUGCUCUAAGGCCUAGCUUGGAGCCGGUGGCUAGGGAUGCUCAACAAAGUUCUGACACUUCAGUAUUGAUUGAAAUUGAGACUCCCGCUGGCAUUGUUAUAAAAUCAAACAAAUAUUCAAUGACUUCAGGGAUCUACACUGGGGCUUAUACACUUCCUGAAAUUGUCAGUAUGGGCCAGUGGAAGGUUGUGGCAAAGUUCGAAAACAACCCACAGCAAAGUUUCUUUUCUGAGUUUGAGGUCAAAGAAUACGUACUUCCCUCUUUUGAGGUGAAAUUGUCAACUCCACCUGAGAGCCCCUUUUUCAAUGUGGAAAGCGACUCGCUUACCAUUACCAUCAAAGCUUCGUACGUUUUUGGUGAAGAUGUGGAGGGGUCAGCCUAUGUGGUAUUUGGGCUCAUUGGUGAGGGUAAAAAAAGAAGCUUUCCUGGUUCUCUUCAGCGGGUCCUAAUCAACAGAGGUAAGGGAUCUGCCAUUUUGAGGAAAGUGGACAUCACACAGACUUUUCCCAACAUCAACGAGCUGGUUGGGAAGUCCAUUUACGUAACUGUCAACGUGCUAACAGAGAGUGGUGGUGAAAUGGUAGAGACAGAGCUAAGAAGCAUCAAGAUCGUCACAUCCCCCUAUACCAUCACUUUCAAGCGAACAUCCAAAUAUUUCAAACCAGGAAUGUCCUUUGAUGUUGCGGUUGAAGUUGUGAAUCCUGAUGAUUCUCCGGCCAAGGGUAUUCCUGUAAUCAUCAACCCUGGAGGGGUGUCGGCUGUCACCAGAGACAAUGGGCUUGCCAGGCUUACCAUCAACACUGUUUCCAAUGCUGAUCGCCUGAGCAUUACAGCAGAGACCACACACCCCGGUCUGUCCCCCAGUAGACAAGCCAGGGCUUCUAUGGAUGCUUAUCCAUACAAGUCCCAAAGCAACAGCUUCCUUCACAUAAAUGUGGAUACAGCUGAGGUGGCGUUAGGAGAUGACAUGAAAAUUCUCUUCUUUAUUAGCUGGCCAGACAAUCAGCCAAAAGACAUAACAUAUCUGGUCCUGAGCAGAGGCCAGAUAGUCCAAAAUUACCGUUAUGUUAACAAAGGUCUACAGCAGAUUUCCCGCUCAAUUCGAAUAACCAAAGAAAUGUUGCCGUCAUUCCGCAUUGUGGCCUACUGCCAUUCAAACUCUGGUGAACUGGUUUCAGACUCUGUCUGGAUCGACGUAAAAGACUCAUGCAUGGGAACGCUGAAGCUGGAAACAGUGAAGCCCGCACGGUCCUAUGAACCCGGACAGUCAUUCGAUCUGAAGAUCACAGGAGAUCCUGGGGCCACAGUGGGACUGGUGGCAGUUGACAAAAGUGUCUACAUUUGGGACACAGUGGAGAAAUAUGACCCGGGCUGCACGUCAGGAGGAGGGAAGGACAACAUGCAUGUGUUGUACGACGCAGGGCUGAUUUUACAGACCAGCACAGGCUCUGGGACGCCCUCCAGAACAGAAUUGUCGUGUCCAUCUCCCAGCAGGAGGAGACGAGCCAUUACUAUAAUGGAUGUCAGAACCAGCUUUAAAUAUGAAGACCAGGAACAGAGAGAAUGCUGUUUAGAUGGUAUGAGGGAAGUCCCUGUUUCGUACUCUUGCAAGAGGCGCACUGAGUACAUUGUGGAUGGUAAAAAUUGCGAAAAUGCCUUCCUGUUCUGCUGCGAGGAGAUGCAAAAACAUCAAGAUGCAAAAAAGGACGAAGUCCUCCACCUAGCUCGCAGCGAGGAAAACGACGGAUAUUUGGGCAAGAGUGAGAUAAGGUCUCGGUCAUAUUUUCCCGAAAGUUGGCAUUGGACUGACGUCAAGCUGGAAGCUUGCCCCUCAGGAAGUCACAGCUGUGGGACCAAGACAUUUGAGCAAAGAGUUUAUGUGCCUGAAUCAAUCACAACCUGGGAGCUGACCGGCAUAAGCCUUUCAAAAACUCACAGCAUCUGUAUUGCCGAGCCAUUAGAAGUUGUUGUCUGGCAGCAAUUCUUCAUUGAUCUCAGGCUGCCAUAUUCUGCCGUCCGAGGAGAGCAGCUGGAAAUCAAAGCAAUCCUGCACAACUACAAAUCCGAAGCUAUCACGGUCCGCGUGGAGCUGAAAGAAGAAAAACAUGUGUGCAGUGGAGCCUUUAAGAAAAACUGGUUUGUAGAGGAGGUUAUAGUUGGAGCUGAAACUACAAGAUCGGUGCCUUUUAUCAUCAUUCCCAUGACCCUUGGAGAAGUUCCUAUUGAGAUCAAAGCUUCUGUUAAAUACGGACAAUACGGUGAUGGAAUCAAGAAAAUGCUUCGUGUCGUGUCUCCGGGUGUGCUGGUCAGAAGUGAAAAGAGUGUAAAACUGGAACCUGGCAGGAGAGGUGGUACGCAAGUGGAAGUUAUCAGAAGUGACAUUUCAACAGGAGAUAUGGUUCCAAACACGCCCUCAAACACAUUGGUCUCUGUGACAGGACGAGAGCAAAUGAGUACACUGUUGGAGCAUGCCAUCAGUGGGGAGUCUAUGGGUAAUCUGAUCAGGCAGCCCGCAGGAUGUGGAGAGCAAAACAUGAUUCAACUGACCCUUCCUGUCAUUGCAACCGUUUACUUGGACAAAACCAACCAGUGGGAACUUGUGGGCUUUGAGAGGCGCAACGAAGCCCUGCAGCACAUGGCAACCGGUUAUCAGACAGAACUCACCUUCCGUAAAAACGAUGGGUCGUUUACUAUUUUUCAACACUGUAAAAGUACAACCUGGUUGACUGCUUAUGUUGCCAAGGUGUUUGCGAUGGCCUAUGAUUUUGCGAUAAUCAAAGUUGAAAUUAUUUGUGAGGCCAUCAAGUUUAUGAUUCUUCGCACACAGCAACCUGAUGGACAGUUUGUGGAAAUUGGAGAUGUGUACCAUAAAGAAAUGAUUGGGGAUGUGGGUGGACUGGAUACAGAUGCCUCAAUGACAGCUUUUGUCCUGAUUGCCAUGCAAGAAUCAGAAAGUUUAUGCUCAAGCACUGUUGGUAGUAUGCCAAACGCCAUAUCUAAAGCAACGACCUAUCUGGAGAGGCGCCUGCCUCAUCUCACCAAUCCUUAUUCUGUUGCAAUGACAUCAUAUGCCCUGGCAAAAGCUAACAAAAUGAAGAAGGAGAUCCUCUUCAAAUUCGCUUCCCAAGACCGAACCCACUGGCCCGUUGCAAAGGGAGACAUUUUCACACUGGAGGCCACAGCUUAUGCUCUCCUUGCACUUGUCAACGUCAAGGCCUAUGCAGAGGCUAAACCUAUUGUGAGAUGGCUGAGCGAACAGAAGAAAGGAGGUGGAGAAUAUGGAUCAACUCAGGCUACUAUUAUGGUGUACCAGGCUGUAGCAGAGUACUGGGCAAAUGCCAAUGAACCAGCAUAUAAGCUCUCUGUGGAUAUGAAGUUACCAGGAAAGAACCUGAUUGACAAAUACAGCUUUGACAACAAUAACCACUACACAACAAGGACAUCUAAGUUUCAAGGUAUUAACAAGGAUAUAGAAUUGACUGCAAAAGGAACAGGGGAAGGAAUGUUUAAUAUGGUGUCACUGUAUUAUGCCAUGCCUAAAACUCAGAAGAAAGAUUGUGAGCGGUUCCACCUGGCUGUGGAGCUCAUCCCAGAUACGAUCACAGAGGAAAAGAGCAUUUACAAGCUGAAAAUAGAGUUUUACUAUAAGCACAAGGAACGAAAUGCAUCAAUGUCAAUCUUGGAUAUUGGAUUACCGACUGCCUACAUUUUUAACAAAAAUGACCUGGAUGCAUUAUCUAAGGGACGAGACCGCUUGAUCUCUAAAUAUGAGAUGAACAAUGCUCUGUCAGAAAGAGGCUCCCUCAUCAUUUACUUGGAUAAGGUGUCCAACUCACGGCCGGAGGAAAUCUCCUUCAGGAUCGAGCGGGUGAUGAAGGUUGGUGUGUUGCAACCAGCUGCUGUCUCAAUCUAUGAAUACUAUGACAAGAAACACUGUGUGGAGUUUUACCGUCCUGAGCGAAAAAGCGGAGCGCUGGAGAAAAGAUGUACAGAGGAUGCAUGCAUUUGUGCCGAAGAGAGUUGCUCAAGGCAGAAAAAAGAUGAUAUCAGAAAUGAAGAUCGUACUAAAAAAGCUUGUGAAUCCACUUCUACCAGCAAAAUAGAUUUUGUUUAUAAAGUGCAGGUGGAACAUUAUGAAGACGCUUUGAGUGUUGACGUUUACAAUAUGCGGAUUCUAAAUGCCUUUAAGGAAGGCAGCACUGAUGUCGGUCCAAAAGAUCAACUACGCAAAUUUCUCGUCCCUCAGCACUGCAGCAAAGCUCUGGAUCUGCAAACCGACAAAACCUACUUAAUCAUGGGCUCAUCAUCAGAUAUUUACAUACAUGAGAACCAGAACCAGUACAUUGUGGGUGAAAAGACCUGGGUCGAGUACUGGCCCACCGGACCAGAGUGUCAGGAUCCGCAGUACAGGCCUACUUGUAAGGGCAUGGAGCACCUUGUUGAGCAGUUUGAGCUCUUUGGAUAUGUAUCGUCUUAUCUUCUUGUUCAGGAGGUGAUGUCUGCUCCCAAUUUGCUGCGAGUGGGGACAUGGGAAAACAUAUUUGUUGAGAUUCAGGACUGUACGCUUCAAGGCAACAUUGAUGUUCAAAUCUUUGUGAAGAACCACCCAUCCAAAAGCAAAAUUAUAACAUCUACAACUGCGACCCUCACAAAGGCAAAUAAAUAUCAGUUUUUGGCACGUGUGAAGAUCCCUACUGGAGAGUUAAGUAAGGACCCCAACGUCAAGCAGUUUGUUGUUCUUCAAGCACAGUUCCCCGGUCGACUGCUGGAGAAAGUCCUGUUAGUUUCCUUCCAGUAUGGCUUCAUUUUUAUCCAGACUGACAAGACCAUAUAUACUCCUACUCAAGAUGUCCGUUACAGAAUUUUUGCUCUGAGGCCAAAUAUGGAGCCAGUGGAAAAGGGGAGUGAAAAAGAUACAGAGUCUUCAGUUCUCAUCGAAAUUAUGACCCCUGAUGGCAUUGUUGUCCAAUCUGAUAGUUCCUCACUGACAUCAGGGAUGAAAUCUUCAAUUUACACUCUUGAGGACAUCGUCAGUUUUGGCAUGUGGAAGGUAACGGCAAAGUUCCAAAACAGCCCACAGCAGACCUUCUUUGCAGAGUUUGAGGUCAAAGAAUAUGUGCUUCCCAGUUUUGAGGUCAAACUAUCAGUCGUUGGUGACCCAUUCUUCUAUGUGGACAGCAAUGAACUGACCAUCAACAUCAAAUCUACGUACGUUUUUGGUAAAAAAGUGGACGGGACAGCCUAUGUGGUGUUUGGGGUCUAUAGUAACAAUGCCAAAAAGGGUUUUCCAGAUUCUCUUCAGACAGUCAGGCUUUCCAGGGGUGAAGGCACUGCUACAUUAAGGAAGGCAGACAUUUUAAAGACCUUCAAAAACAUUAACGAACUGGUGGGCAGCUCCAUCUAUGUAGCCGUCAGUCUACUGACACAGACUGGAAGUGAAAUGGUGGAAGCAGAGUUAAGAGGCAUUGAGAUGGUCACAUCACCCUACAAGAUCUUUUUCAAGAGGACGGCGAAAUUUUUCAAGCCAGGAAUGUCUUUUGACGUCAUGGUCGAGGUUUUAAAUCCUGAUGGUACUCCAGCAAAUAAUGUGCCUGUGGUGGUUAAUCCUGGAGGAAUUAAGAGCAGCACCAAUGCAAAUGGCCUUGCCAAGGCUACCAUCAAUCCUAAGGACAAGUCGAGACUGACAGUUACAAUUCAUUUAGAUCGGAUAUUGAGCAGAGGUCAAGUGGUGGGAAAUUUCCGAUUUGAGAACAACGCUCUGAACCAGAUAUCCCAGAUGGUUGAAUUUACCAAAGACAUGCUGCCAUCAUUCCGCAUUGUAGGCUACUACCACAAAGCCUCUGGUGAAGUGGUAUCAGACUCAGUUUGGGUGGAUGUAAAAGACACCUGCAUGGGAAUGUUGAAGCUGGAGGUGGUUGGACCUGCUCCAUCCUAUGAACCUCGCAGAACGUUCAAAUUGAAGGUCACAGGAGAUCCUGGGGCCACAGUAGGACUGGUGGCAGUUGACAAAAGCAUUUAUAUCUUAAACAACAAGAAUCGGCUGACACAGAAAAAGGCAAUUUCUUUGUACUGUCUCUUAAAAUAUCAUCUAUUUUAUCAGUGUGGUAUUUGGGACACAGUGGAGAAAUACGACCCAGCGUGCACAGCCGGUGGAGGGGCGAACAACAUGAAAGUGUUUUACGAUGCUGGGCUCAUGUUGAAGUCCCCCAACAGCGAAACUCCCGACAGAACAGGCAGAAUCAGCUGUUAUCGCUCAGUGUGCAGUUUUUGUUUAGGAGUUUAUUUCUGCAUAUUUUGUACAGAGAAGAGCACUGAGCCACCUAGCCCGGUGAGUGAAUUUAAAGAAAAAGAGGAGCAGGAAUGCUGUUUGGAUGGCAUGCGAGAAGUCCCUGUUUCGUAUGACUGCAAAAGACGCAGUGAAUACAUCGACAAUAAUGAGAAAUGCACCAAGGCCUUCCUGCGCUGCUGCGACGAGAUGAGUAAAAUUCAAGAAGACAACAAGAAGGAACUCUUACAACUUGCUCGCAGUGAACACGAAGAUAAUUACAUGGACAGGAAUGACAUUCAGUCUCGUACUAAUUUUCCUGAAAGCUGGCAUUGGACUAAUGUCAAACUGACUUGCCCACCAACUGAUGCUAACUGUAAGGUUGCAUCCGCCGAACAAUAUGUUCCUUUGCCCGACACGAUCACAACCUGGGAGAUGACUGGCAUUGGCUUGUCAAACACGCACAGCAUCUGUGUCGCUGAUCCACUGGAAGUCGUUGUCUGGAAGCCUUUCUUUAUUGACCUCAAGCUUCCAUAUUCAGCUGUCAGAGGAGAGCAAGUGGAAAUCAGAGCAAUUCUCCACAACUACAAUAUUGAGACUAUCACUGUACGCGUGGAGCUUAAAGAAGAUGAUGGCGCAUGCAGUUCAGCUUAUAAGAAAGGGUGGUUUUCUCAGGAGGUUCAAGUUGGACCUGAAACGACACGAGCUGUAGCAUUUAUCAUCAUUCCUAUGAGGACUGGAUCAAUCCCCAUUGAGGUCAAAGCAGCUGUUAAGAACUCGUACUUCAGUGAUGGAAUUGAGAAGAACCUCCGUGUAGUGCCUCCAGGUGUGCUGGUGAAAACUCCGUUUGAUGUCAUUUUAGAGCCAAGCAAGAAAGGUGGUAAACAAGUGGAGACCAUCAACAGUGGUCUAAAAAUAACAGAUUUGGUUCCCAACUCACCGACAAGCACACUAGUAUCUUUAACAGGAAUUGAGCAGCUGAAUACCCUCUUUGAAGACAGCAUCAGUGGUCAAUUUAUGGGUUCUCUGAUCCAAGAGCCCACGGGCUGUGGAGAACAGAACAUGAUCGGCAUGACGCUGCCUGUCAUUGCAACUUUAUAUUUGGACAAAACCAACCAGUGGCAAGAUGUGGGCUUUGAAAAGCGUGACAAAGCUCUAGGGCACAUUAAAUCUGGCUACAACAAGGAGCUUGCAUACCGUAAAACUGAUGGAUCAUUUUGUAUUUUUCAGUCAUGGAAAAGCACCACCUGGUUGACUGCCUAUGUUGCCAAGGUGUUCUCAAUGGCCUAUAAUCUUGUGGUGCUUGAUUCUGGUGUGAUCUGCGACGCCAUCAAGUUUCUCAUUCUGAACACACAGCAACCUGAUGGGAUGUUUGUCGAAAUUGGAAGAGUGUACGAACAACACAUGAUUGGGGAUGUUGGUGGUGUGGAUUCAGAUGCCUCAAUGACAGCUUUCUGCCUUAUUGCCAUGCAGGAAUCAGAAACAUUAUGUUCUUCUUCUGUUAACUCAUUGGCAAACAGUAAAACCAAGGCAAUAGCCUACCUGGAGAGGCGUCUGCCUCGUCUCUCCAACCCCUAUGCUGUGGCAAUGACGUCAUACGCCCUGGCCAAUGAAAACAAACUCAACAAGGAGAUCCUCUACAAGUUUGCUUCUCCAGCACAACCCGUUGUGAGAUGGCUCAGUAGACAGCAGAAGGUGGGAGGAGGCUAUGGUUCAACUCAGGCUACUAUCAUGGUGUAUCAGGCUGUAGCAGAGUACUGGACACAUGCAAAAGAACCACCUUAUAGUCUGGAUUUGUCCAAAGGACAUGCCCCCAUUAUUUCCAGUUACGAGACAAACCAAGUUCUCUCCGAAAAAGAAUCUCUCAUGAUUUACCUGAAAUCGGUGUCUCACACUCGCACCGAGGAGAUCUCUUUCAGAAUUGAGCAGAAAAUGAAAGUGGGUGUUCUGCAACCAGCUGCUGUGUCUGUCUAUGAAUACUACAACAGUGAGUUUCUCCAAACAUUUGACUCAAAUAUGUGCAGUGACCAAUGA